GACAAGCUACAAACUUACAAAGCUAAGUGAGCUGUCAUUUUUACAACUAAAAAUCAUCUUGAUUUUCUAAAACAAAAGUUAAUUUUUUGCUGUAUUUCAAGUCUCAAUAUAAUUAAAGAUGUUUCGUGCUAAUAAUUUUGACAAAUUACUAGAUAAAGCGACAAGUAAUCUACGCCUAGACCCUGAUUGGCCCUCUAUCUUACAAAUUUGUGAUUUAAUUAGACAAAAUGAUUGUUCGCCCAAAUACGCGGUUACAGCGAUAAAAAAGAAGCUUUACUCCCAAAACCCACACCAGGCUAUGUUUGCUCUCCUAGUACUAGAGAGUAUUGUUAAAAACUGUGGUUCUGGAGUCCAUGAUGAAGUGGCUUCCAAAGUGUUCUGUGAGAUGCUCCGUGAUUUAGUGAAGACAACACAACAUGAAAACCUACGCACUAAAAUACUAGAUUUAAUACAAGCGUGGGCAUUUGCUUUUCGAAAUACGCCCAAAUAUAGAGCUGUCCAGGACACAGUGAACAUUUUGAAGGCUGAAGGGCACAAAUUUGCACCGCUGAAGGAGUCUGACGCCAUGUUCUCUGCUGACACGGCCCCCGAGUGGGCCAAUGGAGAGGUUUGCCACAGAUGUCGGGUAGCAUUCACACUGAUGGUGCGAAAACACCAUUGUCGUGCUUGCGGCCAGGUGUUCUGUCAGCAGUGCAGUUCCAAGACUUCCACAUUACCUAAAUUUGGCAUUGAGAAAGAAGUCAGAGUGUGUGAUGCCUGUUUCGAUAAAGUAAGCCGUCCCCCAUCUUCUACUGCGAAGCUGGAAAUUGUUGACACAUCAAGUGACUAUGGGCCUGCAGCACAGCCUCAGAAAAAGCCGGGAAAAUCCGCCGAGGAGCUCCAGGAGGAAGAAGAGUUGCAGUUAGCGCUGGCGCUCAGUCAGUCUGAAGCGGAACACAAGGAGAAGGAGAGGAAAACACGCUCCUACAUUGCCCCUGAAACCAGUCUGCACCCUACAAUAUCACCAACCCCGUCAUCAGUGAGCGCUUCACCGGAGCACAGUAACACGGCCACGUCGGAGUUGUCGCGGUAUCUGGACAGGAACUACUGGGAGCAGCGACUGUCGCGCGACACGGCCAACGCGCCCACUGCCCCCUCGUCGCACGGCACCAACGAUGCAGCUGAGCAAGAAGUGCCUAAACCGUCGAUCAGCAAAGAUCAAGAGGAAGAGGCUGAGGACAAAGAAAUUGACGAGUUCGUUGAGACACUCAAAUCACAAGUAGAAAUAUUUGUCAACAGAAUGAAGAGCAAUUCUUCGCGAGGGAGGUCGAUCGCCAACGACACUUCGGUUCAGACUCUGUUUAUGAACAUAACAGCGAUGCAUUCCAAAUUGCUGCGAUACAUCCAGCAACAGGACGACAAGCGCGUAUACUUGGAGAGUUUGCAGGACAAGAUAACGCAAGUGCGCGACAGUCGCGCGGCGCUGGACACGCUGCGCGCGGAGCACGCGGCGCGACUGGCGCAGGCGGCGGAGGCGGCCGAGAGACAGCGCCAGAUGCAGAUGGCGGCCAAGCUGCAGGCCAUGCGGAAGAAGAAGCACGAGUACCUGCAGUAUCAGCGCCAGCUGGCUCUGCAGAGGGUGCAGGAGCAAGAAAGAGAGAUGCAAAUGAGACAAGAACAACAGAAGCACCAGUACAUGAUGUCCGCGAACAGUGGAUAUUUCAUGUCGGGAGUUUCUAUGAUGCAUUACCAACCAGCGGCGGGUGGCUAUCAGAACCAACCUUACCCCAACCCUCAGUUCCACCCUCAAAUGAUGCCCCAAGCGACUACCGACGGCUCUGUUCCAAUGCCUGGCCAGUCGCAAAUGUCACAAGCUAACAUACCAUUGAAUCCUAACCAAAUGGGGAACGUAUCUCAGUCUAUGCCGCAAAUGACGAACACUUACGCCAUGUCCACUUCAGGGAUGGCGUUAAGUCAACCACCGACUAGCAUCCAACCCAUGAACCAACCAAAUAUCCGACCAGCGAUGAGCCAACAGUUGCCUCUGCAACAGCAAAUGAUGAUGCAGCAAAUGCAGCAGAUGCGUAUGCCCAACCAAUCUGGUGUGCACCAAAUCAUCCCCCCUAAUAUGUCUAACGGUCUCGCCGGCCAAAACAUUCCUCCCCAAAAUCAGCCCAAUCAGUUACCAAAACAGAAUUUGCCUAACCAACCCCAACAAUCAAUGAUGCCCCCAAUGACUAUCAGCCAACCAAUGAACCAACAGACAAAUCCAAACAAUCCCAUGUUUGGUAUGCAAAUGCCAAAUAUGAGAAUGCCUCUAAUGCAAGGAAGUCAUCCGAAUAAUAAUCAAGUUCCAGUAUCAGGGUAUCCGUUGAAUGUCCAAAAUCAACAAAACAAUCAGCAAACCGGACCACAAAUGCCAAAUAUGCAACAAAUGCCUCUACCGGGACAAACAAUGCCAUUGCCCGGCCAGCAAAUGGGUCCUCAAAUGAUGCAGGGUCAACUGCCUGGACAAAACCCACAGUUACCUCAAGCCCAAGGACAGCAAAUGCAGCAGCAACCGCAGAUGACACAGAGCCAAAAUUUGCCCGGUCAUCCGACACAGUCGCAAGGACAAUCGGUGAUGCAAGGACAGCCAAUGCAACAUCAAGGCCCUAACAUGCAACAGCCAAACCAACAACAAAUACCCCCGAAUAUGCCAAACAGCCAACAGGGACAACAAAUGUCACAUCACAUGAUGACAGGUGCUAUGCAACAACCGACUACGCAGAUGUCUCAACCAGGCCAAAUGCCUCAACAAGUACCUAGCCAAAACCAACAACAGCAACCAAUGUCACAAAACAUUCAAGGUCAACCUAAGCCGCAGUCGUUUGGCAAUGGUCCACCAAACCAGCAACAAGUACAGAACCAGCAACAACAGCAACCAACGCCAGUAAAAUCAGAACACAACAACAACACUGCAGAGCUAAUAAGUUUUGAUUGAAUCUAAAUUAUUCUGGUCUGUGAAUAGAUCUAUUUGUUAGACUGUUUCAUUGUAUCUUUGGGAAGAAUAUUUGACAAGUUUGCAACAAUUCACUUAGGAAUGUGAUAUGGUGUUACAAUUUUUUCUAAUGUUUAAGCAAGUACUCGUUCAGCUUUUAAAAUUUUCGAUGUUGAAAUAAUAUAAAUAUUAAAUAAGAAUAUGGUCCAUCCCACGUCAGAGGGAUUAUCUCCCGGUUGGCAGCACAUCACUCUUGUUACUCGAGUUUGUAUGUGAUCGGUUAACAAAAGUUAUGUUGUAUAAAAGGCAGCCUUAACUGACACAGUCGCACUGAAGUGUUUUUCAAAUAGCAUGGGUACGGUGACAGUUACCUUAUAAACGUCUAUAAUACAUAGAAACGCGGCCAACUUUCAAGAGCGAAACAAACUGUCAUCCGCACCAUGCUAUCUGAAAAACACUAGCAGCCGCUUUUCAUUGGUCUGUUCUUGGUGUUCCGCAAACUUUUGGUGUUUAAAGUGUGUCUAUGAAAUCAAGAAAUUUUAAGAGGUACUUGCACUUAAUGUCUAUUCAAUAUUUAUUUCUUAUAUACUUAUUUACUAAUACAUUAUGGACAAACUGUUUAAUGUAAACGUGAGCCUGCUUAACUUAACCAUGUGCAGAGUAAUUUAAGUCAAUAGACAUUAUUCAACUCGAGAGCAUGUGAUAGGUUAUAAAUAAAAAAAAAUCAAUAUUGAGAAAGGUUUAUCUAUUACUUUAGUUAGGUACUUACGUACAAUGCUUAUAACUUUCUGAUUGAACGUUAUUUUUCCGCGGUAUACCCCUUAACGAUCAAUGUACAUCAGUCACAGUAUUCAUAUGCUUUGCGGAACACUAAUCUUCGAGCGCAGAAUAAAGAAUGAUCCAGAAUGAGUCUUAACAAGCAGCAUUGUGAAGCCGGUGAAAUCCAUAAAAACCUAACGUCACGCCAUUUUUCUUUGUUAAUAUUGAAAAUUAGAGCUUUUGAAUUCUGUAUUUGGAACGGCUACGACACCGUCGGGUUUUUUUGCGCUCAUCUGUCUAUUACUCUUUAAUCUGUGUCUACGAGUGCUCCAACAUAAAGACCAGCGGCUAAAAAUAGAUCACAAACUAGUAAUUCAUGUGCAGUCAACCAACCACAUCACAAUCUCACAAUAUAAUCGAACAUGAUUCACAGGCAGUAGUCAAUUUAGGUUUUAGAAUAAAGGCCUUGUAAUCUAUGUAAAUGUGCUAAAAUGUAAAAAAAAUACUAUGUCGUACGUAGUUUAUAUAUA